ACCGGUUGUUAUUAACCAGGCCUUCCUUCUCAUGGUGACACUCGAGUGCUGACGUUUCUGAUGGGAUUUGGCUUCAGUAGUGAGACUGUUGUUCGCUUUCUUAUGAGGCUAUCCAAGUAGACAAAAUACAAUUACCGUACGUCGCACGGGUUGUUCAUUACAGAGCUUACUUGAGCUCAGUGUUGUGAAUCACUUCACAAUGUUUGACAAGGUGACAGAGCACCCUGUGAAAAGGUUGCAGGAUGGGGAAGAGUUCAGACGGUUGGCGUUGAGGAGGCGACGAAGAUCAAAAGGCGAAGCUAAAGCAAACCCAGUUUUUUGUGCAGGCCCCAGCAUUCCAGUCCCCUGCGCUGCCGGUUCCCACAGCUGUGCAAGUGAGAGCAAUGGAGGUCUUCUAAAUGGAACAGGAUCUCUCACAGGAGGCCACCACCCUCAGCCCACAGCACAAGUGCCAUCGAAGCCACUGAGGCUGAAGAGUCCUCUGGAAGACCAAAUAGAAUUCUGGCAGAGUGAGAAAAGAAGCCCUGGCACCAAGAUGGAGGCCGAGGAAGAAAUAAACGAGGCCAGUCCCUCCAAACUCGCCAACGUGUCAGACCUUAUCAACCGCUUUGAGGAAUCCAGCCGCAACAACAUUAAUGCCAAUGGCUCGCCUCUGAAACCCUGCACGGACGGCAGCUGUGACCCCGACUCGGAGGAGAGCCCGAUAGGGCACGAGAGACGCUCCCAGCCAGGAACUGGCCAGUCUCAGGAUGCGCACCGGCCAGCCUGCGACACCGACGCACUAAUGCAAGCAGAGGAGGUUACCGAGACCAAGGCGGAGGCCAACAGGGCCCCGGCUCUGGUGAAUGGGGACGGAGAGGCUCCAGGCAUCCCCAAGGGCCAGCAGGAGCAGAAGCCCAGCGCAGAGGAGGGCCGAGCCCCAGCAGCCCCAGCAGCAGCCAACGGCUCUCAGGAGGAGCAGGCAGCCUGUCAGCAGCAGGCCUGCAGAGAGCGCACAGAGGAGGCGGGCACCGAGAUGAAAGAAACCAAAGAGCAGAAGCUGCAUAAGAUAGCCAAUGAGCUCCUGCACACAGAGAGAGCCUAUGUUACACGGCUCCACCUGCUGGAAAAGCUAUUCCGUGCCAGGCUGACUGAGGAAGCUACAAAGGGCUCGUUUCCAGUAGAGGUGGUGAAUAGCAUCUUCUCCAAUGUGGGAUCCAUCUACGCCUUUCACAGCCAGUUCUUGUUGCCAGACCUGGAGAAGCGCAUUGGCCAAUGGGCUUCAACCCCACGAAUUGGUGACAUCCUUCAGCAACACGCUCCUUUCCUGAGGAUGUACGCAGAGUAUGUGAAGAACUUCGACAGCGCCAUGGAGCUUCUCAAACAGUGGACCGAGCGCUCAGCAGCAUUUAAGGCUGUUCUUGUGGAGGUCCAGAGUCUCCAGGAGUGUGGGUUUCUCAGCCUACAGCACCACAUGUUGGAGCCGGUUCAGAGGGUUCCUCGUUACGAGAUGCUGCUGAAGGACUACCUGAAGAAACUUCCGGAAGAUGAUUCGGAUCGUGGAGAUGCAGAGAAAUCUCUACAAAUGAUCUCCAUGGCCGCCACUCAUUCCAACAGUGCCAUUCGUAAGACGGAGAACCUGAAGAAGCUGAUGGAGAUCUAUGAGAUGCUUGGCGGGGAGGAGGAUAUUGUGCAUGCCUCCAAUGAGCUCAUCAAGGAGGGACACAUCCUCAAGCUGGCUGUCAGAAACACCUCAGCCAUGGAGAGAUACAUUUACCUGUUCAACAACAUGCUGCUGUAUUGUGCGCCCAAGUUCAGCUUGGGAGGGCAGAAAUACACAGUUCGCACCCGAAUCGGAGUUGAAGCGAUGAAGGUCGUGGAGUUGGUCGAUGGCCACCCUAACACUUUCCAGGUGUCCGGCUGGGAGAGAACUCUAGAACUGCAGGCCAGGUCAGAGCAAGACAAAGAAGACUGGGUAAAGGUCCUCAAUCGGACCAUAGAGAUAUUUCAGCAGAAAAAUGAAACCUUCAAGUCUGCACUGAGAGAAGCAGAUGAAGUGUCUACAGAGGAGCUGGGGAAACGUGCCCCACGCUGGAUCCGUGACAAUGAGGUGACCAUGUGCAUGAAGUGCAGGGAGCCCUUCAACGUUCUGACACGCAGGAGACACCACUGCAGAGCAUGUGGCUAUGUGGUUUGUGCAAAGUGCUCGGACAACAAGGCAGCUCUUCAGUAUGACGGCAACAAGGUGAACAAGGUGUGUAAAGACUGCUUCUUCAUCCUGACGGGGCGCACUGAGGGAGAAGAGAAGCUCGAGCACAAGAGGGCCGACAGCAAGAAAAAGGGCAUUCUGGAGAUUGAGGCGGCGAAGUUUUCAGGCAGCAGCCUGGUAUGCGGCUUCCUGCAUCACAGUGAGAAGGCCAAGCCCUGGCAGAAGGUGUGGUGCAUCAUACCCCAGAAGGAAGCCCUGGUGCUCUAUCUGUACGGAGCCCCUCAGGAUGUCAAGGCCCUGUCCACCAUCCCUAUGGUCGGCUACAGUGUGGAGGACAACAUCCGGCCUGGGGACCUUGCCUGCAGCUUUCGCCUGGUCCAGUCCAAGUCCAUCCACAGUUUCGCUGCCGAGAAUGAGGAGCUGAGGCAACGCUGGCUCCAGGUGAUUCGCAUGGCAGUGAAAGGGGAAGUACCUGAGGGCCCCCUCCCAAUCAGCCCUGGCACACCCAAUGGAGACAUGGAAGGAGGCUAUGACUGCUCUGAAUAGGCCAUGGCACGCUGUGGGUACCAGCUCAACUUGUUGAGAAUAGACUAUGCCAGAGAUCUGUAUAAACCAUGGCAACUUGCUGUGAAUAGACCAUGCGACGCUACAGCAGACCAGCUGCAGCGUGGCAUGCUGCGUACCAGUUCACCCUGAGACUGAGUAUGGUGAGAGAGAGAAAACCAUGGUGUCUGUGUGCGCACACAAACCUGCAGACAUGUGAUCAUCCACACUCUCACACAAACAUGCUCACAGUUGCACAAGCUAACUGUGAGAACACACACACACACACACACGCACCCUCACACACACACAGAGAAGAGGACACUGAUCUCCACAUGUGACAAACGCUGAAAAACUCCUUGUUUGGCUACAAGCUUCUUCUUCAUGAUCCAAAUGGAAACAAUGGCAAUCCAGUGCCGGGUCUUUUAAACUUUGUUAAAGGGCUCUCAAGUUCAGUAAAAACAUAAUGAGGCAAAGCACUCAAGUGACAACUGGGCAUUUAGUGACACAGGAUAUACUUGUUCUCUGUUACACAAUGCUACACGGGCAGUGGUGAGCUAAGUAACCAGUUUUAUUGCAGUUUCCACUCUUAUUGUACAGCUCAAUGCCACGUCCUAUUUUUUUUUUUUCUUUAUUGUGAUGUGUAUACUACUCUUUUCGUUCAUAGUACCUAUCUUGCUCGGUGAAGCCUUUUUUCUUUUUAUUGUUAAUAUUAUAUGUUUAACAAAAUGUAUAAUAUAUGCUCUGUAAUAUAUGCUGUUUUAAAGGUUCUCAGAAAUUUUAAUAAAAAUAUGUUCAAAAAAGGUGUUUUGUAGUGCACACAAGUAACCCUAAAUAAUAUAAUCUGAAUUGUAAAUAAUUAACUGAAUUUAAUGUCAGUGUCUGCAGGAAGCAGGAAGUCUCGAUGGUUCAGUCUCCUACCCUUUUCCUGAUCUGUAGUCUUUGUAAACCGCCAUUGUUUUUCUUUCUACUUUUAUCUUUUUGCACUAUAAACAUAAUUCGAUGAUUUAGGCAGCAGAAUAUUUAGUGAACGAAUAAAUUGAGCGUCUAGGUACUGAAAGUCAA